CCUCUUGAUCUCACUUGGCUUUCUCUUUCCUCUACUUUUCCUCUUUCAUCUCUGUCGUUUUGGUAUUACAUCAACCAUUCAAAGAGGUUUGAGAGUGGGUGGAUUGUGGCCCGCGGAGAAGCCACCCGAUCUGAUGUUUUCUUUUCUGAUAUGUUUCUUAGACAUUUAAAGGCUCACCAGUCUCUGGGAAGAUGCUUCAUCAGUAGCAAUAGCCAUGAUCUUGCAAUUGCAGAGCUAAACAAGGAACUGGAGUCAAUCUUUGGCGAACCUCCUUCAUCCAGUGCCUUAAGUUCAAAUGCUUCUCAAGUGUCCCAUUUUACUUCCCCUAGUUCAGAAGAUAAGCCAACAAACCUGACUCAUGUUGAUGGUAGUGGACACGCCAAGAUGGUAGAUGUGUCCUCUAAAGUAGAGAGCAAAAGAGCUGCAAUUGCGAGUUGCAGAGUUCUUCUAGGCCAAAAAGUAUAUAACUUGGUUGCAUCAAACCAGAUAGCAAAAGGAGAUGUCUUGACCGUGGCAAAAAUCUCUGGAAUUAAUGGAGCUAAGCAGACCGGCAAUCUCAUCCCUUUAUGUCACAACAUUGGGCUCACACAUGUUCGUGUUGAUCUAACACUCAAUGAGAAAGAUUACAGUGUAGAGAUUGAAGGGGAAGCUGCGACAACAGGGAAGACAGGAGUCGAGAUGGAAGCAAUGACUGCCGUCACCAUCGCUGGACUUACAGUGUAUGACAUGUGCAAAGCUGCUUCUAAGGACAUUUGCAUUACGGAUGUUCGCCUUGAACACAAGACUGGAGAUCGAAUGGAAAAGUCGGAAACCAAGAUGGAUGGACAAACUGAAAGGGACUGCAGCGAAUUGGAAUGUUCUAUCCCUUCAAUUCUGCCUCUCGGUUGGAUUAGAACAUCAUCAGCUUUAAGCAAGCCUUCUGUUUGUGUUUGUUGAUGACCAAGCUUUGCUUUGUCGACUUCUUUGCUGGCUGAAACCAACAACAAAAAUAUUUUCUUUUUCUUUUUUUAUUUUAUUUUAUGUUAGACCCAAUUGCGUGGGUCCCACACGCUAAUAGAUAUCUCAUGUGAACUUUCAGG